CUCACUGUUUGUGUCUCUAUCCCGAAGAAAUAAAGAAUCAAUAGGUUUUCUUCAACAGCAAAAUAUAUAGGAAAUUUUGAAAUAAAUCGUGACAAUUUAAAAUAAAAGUUAAGCACUAACCAUAAAGAAUGGCAAAGAAGAGAGAUAGCGAAGCUUCUAAAUUUCUCAAACAAGGAAAAUAAAAUUGGAAAUAAUUUAUAUAGAAAUAUGGAAAAAGAAGCAAUAGUCUUUUCAGCAUCAAGAAGAGAGAACAUACACAUAAUAAACUUCGUUGAAAAGAAUAAUAAGCUUCUUUUCCUUGAUGGAUGAUGAUGAUUAUGAUCAUGAUCACAAUGGAUCCACUAUCUCCAUAAACUAAUCCCUUGUAGAAUUAUGUAUAUAUAGCCCCAUUGCGAUCUUCUUGUAUUCAUACAAACCUUAACUGUCCUCUUCUUCAUUUCUAGUUCUCGUAACAUAAAAAGAAUCACCAAGAGAAUCUGCUUCACAAGUUAUUAAAGUAUACGCUUUGACAAUUAUUAAUGGAAGGUAAAGGACGAGUGGGAUCAUCAACUUCUUCUUUAACCGCCGAAAUCUUUGGCUUCAAAGAUCCUUCACCGCCAUCUUCUUCCUCUGGAAUCUUCUCUUCCAUUUUCCCUCAUCCCUCCAAGGGCGUUGCUAGAGAUGGUCCAAGCUCCAAGCAUGGCUCACAAGCUCAACGUAGAGACUCUUCCACUGGGCAAGAAGACAGAGUUGAGCCAUGUCAUCUAAGCUCUUCUCUUUACUACGGUGGUCAAGAUGUAUACUCUCGAUCCACCACUAACCAAACUUACCCUACAGUAAAAAACGAGCGUCCUAGAACUCGAGAAGACGACGCUAGUGGACAUAACUCCCAAGAUGUUUCAAGAGGAAACUGGUGGCAAGGUUCUCUUUACUACUGAAGAACCAGUUCCUUAAGUUUCUUUGUAAAUCUCUCCACAAAUCCAUGAAGUUCAAGCGAAGUACUUUUUAUUUACCGAACCAAGGCUUUGUAUAAAUAAGUUUAUGCAGAAAACUGAUAUUUUAUUAGGAAGAUCAAAAAUUAAUAUUGAAAAGAUCUCCCAGUAAAAAUGUCUUGGAUAGAUUUGUCGUACAUGUUCUAAUCAACUGUAUCAAUAUGUACUCUGCUUUUCUAAUGAAAUCCUAUAUCAAAAAUUUAAAUAGACUGACACUAAUAUAUAAAGAAUAUUCAAUUACUUUCAAAUCAAUUCAAU